ACAAGCAAAACUGUAAUGCCCCGAAAAGAACCGCCCUUGGCUCCAAGUGCAGGGCGUGGCAGAAGUUUGAUCGCAACCAGAACGAAUCAGCAACAGCAACGCAAAAUGCAGGCUCCAAAAAGUCAUCUGCCUCGAAGUAAUUCUUCCCCUGCACCGCAAAAGGACCAAAUUCAACCAAGCGGUCCAAAUAAAAGUUAUGUUCUAAGAAGCUUCUCGUCGCCCGAAUCUAAACAGUCAGGUAGCAGACGAGAUUCUGAGUCAUUUUAUCAACCGAAUUCUCACGAUUCUCGUAGUGAACUGGACUCAGAUUUGGAAACUUUUGAACAUUUUGAAGAACUGAUGGACAUCGAUGCAGACAACGAGGAGAGUUAUGGCCAAUAUCAAAGAAGCCCUGAUAGUGACGGGCCGAAGAGAGUGGUCACAACUCUACUUCCGGGUAGUGGUCUUCAAAGAAUAUCCAUGAGACCGAUAACUUCCAAUAUCUUACAACCGCAGGGAACUCGAGAGGCGCAAAAAAAGUUUAAAAGGGAAAACGCUGCAAAUAAAAGAUUUUCCCGUUUAAACUUUCGUCCGCUAAUCGUCAAGAUGCCCAGCCAGAACACUCUGUUGCCGUUAUCCGAUUCGGACUCUAUAGGCAUCGAAGAGUUGCAGACAUCACCACCACUGGAACUGGAGAGCCUCGAGCUUGAUAGGGAGUUGGAUGAUGCAGAGGAACUCUUGAAAAGAGGAGUUGCUAUCGCCGUUGAGGAAAGUGAUUCGGAUAUGGUACGUUCCGAAGAAUCCCUGCUAUCCCCAGAAAAACCAACAAAAAGUUCACGAUGGAUUCCGGAGUUCAAUUUGGAUGGCACCAGCAGUCUAAAGCACAACGGCAGCGCCAAAGACUUGGCCUCCGUAAUGGAGAACCUCAAAAAGAGCAGCCUCGUCUCCCGCCAGAACCAGAGCCUCAACACGCAGGUCACCAGCUCUCUGAAACAACAAAUGGUGUCUAGCACUACAUCUAGCAGCGCUGUCUCGAGCCAGAGGGUCCAGAGCUCGUCGCAGCGCGCUAGUUCUAUGAAGUCGGACCUCACUGAACUGAAAAGCUCCAUUUCGGAAAUGAAAACGCUUAGUAACUCUGCCGCCUUGAACUUCGGACAAAGAUUAAGAAGCUCGAUGGAAAAUAUAGUUGAUCAAGAUGAAAAGAAGGAAAGGCAUAUUCCCGACAUACGCGACCUUAGUGACAUGGGCGAUAUUGGAGACAUGGGCGACAUGAGUGAUUUGGCUGGCGACGGCCCUCUAGUUACAUUCCCAGAAUCAGACACACCACCACCUGACAAACAAUGUCUCUUAGCACCUAACGCUGCAACUGUAGGGACUAACGCUGCUAACGAGCUAAAAUAUAGUGCUGCACGUAUGACUUCCGCCAGCUCGACGCGUGUUGUCACGGACGGUUAUAGUGCAUCAAAAUCCGCCGCAAACAGUACAAGGAUGCGACGAUUGCAACAUGGAGAUAUGCAAUAUGCAGAACAUAGUGCUGCCGGGGCAUCUCAUAGACUGUUGCAAGCGGAGGGCCUCACUGCGGAACAAAAUGCCGCAUAUCUUCAAGAAAAACGUUCGUUACAAGCCGGCGAAGUCACAGCACAAGAAGCGAACAAUAUGUCUGCAUCUAGUUCUCGUUUGCAAACUGAAGCAUUUAGUGCCGAAAAGAAAGCCAUGGCUUCAUCACAGGCACGGCAGACGGUCUCGUCCAGCGGCAUGUUCAGUCAUAAGGAACACUCAAGCGUGGCGCACUCCAACAUGACUAUUUCAAGCAAAAACCUCUCUUCUAAAUCAACUUUACUAUCUUCACAGAUGAGCCAAUUGCUAAACGGUACCGUGAAACCUGGUGAUGAGGAUCUAUCGAACUUAACAUUUGAAGAUUUAGAUAGGUUAGAUGCAAAUUCAAAUCAAAAGGACGUCGAGUUAGCCAUACAGAAAUAUUCAUACAGAAUGAAUGCAUUUAUAGCAGCUAUGAAGAAUAACCAAAUAGACAUGAAAAAUGCGUGUGUACAAUUUAAUAAAUUGAAUGAAAUGGUGCGAAGAGCAUGGGCGGUUCCAACAUACGGGCAUGAGUUGGGUUACUCCUUAUGCAAUACGCUAAGAACCUCUGGAGGUCUAGAUAUCUUAAUGGCGAAUUGCUUGGAAACAAACAAUCCCGAUUUACAGUUUUGCUCCGCGAAAUUGCUUGAGCAAUGCCUUACAACAGAAAAUAGAGCACACGUUGUAGAAAACGGACUCGAAAAAGUUGUUAAUGUCGCUUGUGUAUGUACAAAACACGCAAAUUCUGUAGACCACGCAAGGAUAGGCACUGGAAUAUUGGAACACCUGUUUAAACACAGCGAAGGCACGUGUAGUGACGUUAUUAAGCUCGGUGGCUUAGAUGCAGUUUUAUUCGAAUGCAGAAAAAAUGAUAUAGAAACUUUGCGACAUUGUGCAACAGCGCUAGCCAAUCUUUCGCUAUACGGUGGAGCUGAGAACCAAGAAGCCAUGAUAAAACGAAAAGUACCGAUGUGGCUUUUCCCUUUAGCUUUCCACAACGAUGAUAACAUCAAGUACUACGCGUGUUUAGCCAUCGCAGUGUUGGUAGCUAAUAAGGAGAUAGAAGCUGCGGUGUUAAAAUCUGGUACAUUGGAUUUAGUAGAACCGUUUGUUACCUCGCACAACCCGUCCGAAUUUGCUCGAUCUAAUUUAGCACAUGCCCAUGGUCAAAGUAAGAACUGGUUGCAACGAUUAGUCCCCGUCUUGAGCUCGAAAAGAGAAGAAGCUCGAAAUCUGGCAGCAUUUCAUUUUUGUAUGGAGGCUGGGAUUAAAAAACAACAAGGUAACACAGAAAUCUUUAGAGAAAUAGGAGCGAUAGAAACCUUGAAAAAAGUAGCUAGUUGCCCAAAUGCAGUAGCAUCAAAAUAUGCUGCCCAAGCGUUGAGACUCAUCGGGGAAGAAGUUCCGCACAAACUGUCGCAACAGGUUCCGCUUUGGUCAAUAGAAGAUGUACGAGAAUGGGUGAAACAAAUAGGAUUUUCAGACAUUGCGACAAACUUUUAUGAAAGUAGAGUGGACGGCGAUUUAUUAUUACAAAUAACGGAAGAUAAUCUCAAAGAAGAUAUAGGAUUACAUAAUGGAAUCAAACGUAAGAGAUUCACAAGGGAACUUCAACAAUUAAAGAAAAUGGCGGAUUACAGCUCACGGGACACGGGAAGCUUAAAUGAGUUUUUACAAAGCAUUGGUCCAGAAUACACAAUUUAUACGUAUUCAAUGCUAAACGCUGGUGUCGACAAAGAAUCUAUUAGAGAAUUAAGCGACGAACAACUUGAACUUGAAUGCCGGAUACGUAACAGUAUACAUCGGUUACGGAUUCUAAACGCAAUAAGAGCAUACGACAAUCUACUCACCAAAGGCGAUGAAAGUUCAGAAAAGAACUUAGACGUAUUUGUGAGUUAUAGAAGAUCGAACGGUUCACAGUUGGCGAGUUUGUUAAAAGUACACCUACAAGUACGGGGCUUCACCGUGUUUAUCGACGUGGAGAGGUUAGAAGCCGGAAAGUUUGACAACAAUCUGCUCAGAAGCAUACGGCAAGCGAAACACUUUUUGCUAGUUCUCACGCCAAAUGCUUUAGAAAGAUGCAAACACGAUAAUGAACAAAAAGACUGGGUACAUCGGGAAAUAGUGGCAGCCUUGCAAUCACAGUGCAAUAUCGUCCCAAUUAUCGACAACUUUGAAUGGCCGGAGCCAGAGGAAUUGCCUGAAGACAUGCGCGCCGUGUGCCACUUCAAUGGCGUACGGUGGAUCCAUGACUACCAAGACGCGUGUGUUGAAAAACUUGAAAGUUUCCUUCGCGGCAAAUCAAAUUUGGCGAACAGAAUGGAAGGUCCGCUGCGCAGCCGUGGCGAUGUGCAGACGCCAGGCACGGCGGCCAUCGGACGCGGUCCGCCCAACUACCAACGCAUGCACUCCACCGAGAGCAGGGGUAGCGAUAAGGCGGAUUGACUAGAACCGUUACACACUCUGCCACCUGUCAGACCCCGGCGAAGUCGGCAGUCAUCAAUAGACAAGGCAUUAGCGAAUUCACAAAGUUGUGAACAAUUGCCUAGCAGUAGCACUUCUUCGCCUGUCAAAACUUUAUACAGUCUUCCUGAAAGACUAUCUGAAAGUAGUGAUAAUUUAGAAUGUAAGCAAAUUCAACAGACCUCACAUAGGUGUCCUUCCUGCGACGGUUUGCUGGACUCAAAUGAACACACACAACUCUCCUUGCCAGCACCCUUAGACGCCACCACACAAACUAAGAGGAAGAAGAACUUUAUGGACAGAUGUGUGAAUAAAGUGAGACUUUGCUGAUGCUUACUGAAAAAUGUGGCUUGCCACAAAACCUACUUUUGUGUAAUAAAGUGCUUGCAGAGUGUGUAAGUUAUAGACUGUGAUGGGCUGCACUUCCACAAACAAAGAUACUUGUGAUAAUUGAUGUUACAAGAACUAAUUAACUAUAUUAUUUAUGAUUAUAUUAAUUAUUUUAAUAUUGUAACAAUGGGGUUCCAGGCUUUUUAGAAUUUUACAAGGAACUUCAUAUAUUGUGGUUUAUUUUAUUUUCCAAUCAAUUGAUUAAAUCUAGUCACUUUACUAUUCAACAUUUGUCGGUUUUUGGUGCAAUAAAUACUAUUUAGAUAACUUUACACUGGCACACAUAAUAAUUAUAUGAAGUUGUUAAUUUUUUGUAAAUAACUUUAAUAGGAGUUGUGAUAACAUCAAUUUUUAGUUCACACCUGUCUAAUCAAUUUGUUUUACAAGUUUUAUUUGUGUGUGGAGAGCAAGCCUAUUGGACUUUUUCUAUUUUUUAUUGCAUAUUUAAGUGAAUCUUAUUUUAAAGUACAAAAGUGUGCGCAGUCAUGUAAAUAUACCUUGUGUAUGCUGCUAUUUAAAAUUGUUUGUGGUCAAACGUAUUGGUAAAUAUAUUUUAUGUAAUCUCAAUGAGUGCAUGUGAAAGAUUUACAAAUAUUGUGACAAGUGAUUGCUACCCUACGAUGUUUAAAGAACAUUGGACGUGGUGGCAAUAACGGCAAUUGGAAAUGUCAGUUUGCUAUUCAUUUUAGUAUGGCAAAUUGUUAUCUUUUUGUUUGCUAAUAAACUUUUAUGUAUCUCUCUUCACUCUCUAUAGAUGUUAAAAAUGAAUUUAUGAAUAACUAUAGCUAUUUUAUUUAUUCUAGUUUCUUGCCACUAAAGUAUUUGUAAAAUUUCCUGUGAAAUUUAAUAAUAAUUGCAUAAUAGAUAUGUGAUAGCUUAGAUCUUUUACAUAAUAUAAACAAGAGUUUUAAAUUGCUUUUAAAUGUUGACAUUCACUGUACCUAGUAAUUUAUUUUCUUCGAUCACUAUCAAAAUUGUAUUAUAAUAUAUAAAGUGCUGUACAAAAUUUUACUUUAGAUUUUAGGUUUAAAUAAGUCGUUCACAUGAGUUAACCAUAAUUAUGAUAAUUUUACCUUGUCAUGAUUAAUGAUUAUAUUAUUUAUGUUUAGCCUAACCAUAAUAUAAAUGGUAAUAAACAUG